AAUAAACCCUAAAGAAGACUUCCCUCCUCAUCUUCAUCCCUCCUUCGCCGUCUUCUCUUCUGGAUUCGUGUUUACCAGGAAGCUGAUUGUUAUGGAAGAUUCGGCUAAUCAAACCACGCAAGCAAUGUCAAAACUAUCCAUGGAUGCUGCUCCCCCUUCUUCGACUGCCGAGACUGGUGAUGGAGGAGCUCGGAGUAAAAAUGCUCUGAAGAAGGAACUGAAGAUGAAGCAGAGAGAGGAAGAGAGGAAACGCAAAGAAGAAGAAAAAGCCAAACAAGCUCCCAAGGCAACUUCUCAGAGCCAGAAGUCAGUGGCAUCAUCAGCAGAUGAUGAGGAUAUGGAUCCAACGCAAUACUUUGAGAACAGAUUGAAAUAUCUCGCGGCGGAGAAGGCCAAGGGGGAGAAUCCGUACCCUCACAAGUUUGCUGUGUCCAUGUCUAUCCCUGAGUACAUUGGGAAGUAUGGUAGUAGUUUGAACAAUGGGGAUCAUGUCGAAGAAGCUGAAGUUUCUCUAGCUGGGCGGAUAAUGAGCAAGCGUGCUUCCUCUUCCAAGCUAUUCUUUUAUGAUCUACACGGUGAGGAUUUCAAGGUCCAGGUUAUGGCUGAUGCAAGUAAGUCGGGAUUGGAUGAAGCUGAGUUUUCAAAGCUCCAUGCGAAUGUUAAGCGUGGUGAUAUUGUUGGUGUUACUGGGUUUCCAGGAAAAACUAAGAGAGGAGAGUUAAGUAUUUUCCCGAAAUCAUUUAUUCUUCUGUCACAUUGCCUCCACAUGAUGCCAAGAAAGGCUGAGAAUGUUAGCGCAAAGAAACCCGAACACUGGGUUCCAGGUGAACCGAGAAAUCCUGAAGCAUAUGUUCUGAAAGAUCAGGAAUCUCGAUACCGCCAGCGUUAUCUUGAUCUAAUGUUGAACGUGGAGGUUCGCCAGAUAUUCAAAACCAGAGCUAAUAUCAUUUCCUACGUCCGGAGAUUCCUUGACAAUCAAAGAUUCCUGGAGGUUGAGACACCUAUGAUGAACAUGAUUGCUGGUGGAGCAGCUGCCAGGCCCUUUGUGACACAUCACAAUGAUCUAGACAUGAGGCUGUACAUGCGCAUCGCACCUGAACUCUUCCUCAAGCAACUUAUUGUCGGUGGCUUGGAACGUGUCUAUGAGAUUGGGAAGCAAUUCAGAAACGAGGGUAUUGACCUGACACACAAUCCGGAGUUCACGACUUGCGAGUUCUAUAUGGCUUUCGCAGACUACAAUGACCUGAUGAAAAUGACUGAGGAUAUGUUGAGUGGCAUGGUCAAGGAGUUAACAGGUGGUUACAAAAUCAAGUAUCAUGCUAAUGGGUAUGACAAGGAGCCAAUCGAAAUCGACUUCACUCCUCCAUUCAGGAGGAUUGAGAUGAUAGGAGAGUUAGAGAAGGUGGCUAACCUCAAAAUUCCAAAAGACUUGGCUAGCGAAGAAGCCAACAAAUAUCUGAUUGAAGCUUGUGCCAGGUUCGACGUGAAAUGUCCACCUCCUCAGACUACAGCUCGUUUACUAGAUAAACUUGUUGGAGAGUUUCUGGAAGUAACAUGUGUGAACCCAACGUUCAUCAUCAACCAUCCCGAGAUCAUGUCGCCCUUGGCAAAAUGGCAUAGGUCGAACAAUGUUCUGACUGAGAGAUUCGAGCUGUUCAUCAACCAACACGAACUCUGCAACGCCUACACUGAGUUGAACGAUCCUGUGGUUCAGCGUCAAAGGUUUGCUGAUCAGCUGAAGGAUAGGCAAUCCGGAGACGAUGAAGCGAUGGCUUUAGAUGAGACUUUCUGCAGUGCUUUGGAGUAUGGAUUGGCUCCUACAGGUGGUUGGGGAUUGGGGAUAGACAGGCUUGCCAUGCUGUUCACCGACUCACAGAACAUCAAGGAAGUUAUUCUCUUCCCGGCAAUGAGGCCACAAGACGAUCCAGCAUCCGUUAAAGCUUCUUUGCAAGCAGAGAACAAAGGAGAAUAGAGCACAGUUUUCAUCUCUUUUGCCAGUCAAAUUGCUGUUCUCGGAUCAUUCUUAAUCGCCAUGUCUAUUCUUACAAACAAAACUUUUUAUUAUCAAAAAACCUUUGUAAGACCUUUUUGGAAAUUGGUUUAUUGUUUUAUCGUGA